AUGGCCGGCGGAGGCAUAUACGUGACGGGGAGGCUCGUCCGCGUCGAGUGGUGCACGCAGCAUCUGCUGGGAGGGCCGGAGUUGACGGCGGCGAGCACUUCCGCGGCGGCCGGAUCUCCGGAAACACUAAAAUCCCUCCGCGCCGCGCCGGACGCGUCCGCUCCGGCCGGACAAGUCGCCGCCCCCCCCGGCCAAUCCCGUGCCGCCACGUCACUCCGCCGCCGCCCGUACCGCCGCCGCCCGGGGAGCCCGCAGCCGGCCCCCGCGGGACCGCGCCUCCGCCCGCCUCCGCGCCCAGCGCGCCGCCUGCCCGCGCCGCUGCCCGCCGGCCGGCCCCGCCGCGGCUCGCCGCCGCCGGCGCCCGUGCCCGCCGGCGCCCCUCGCCGCUCGGCGCCGUGCUCCGCCGCCCUCCGGCGCCCUCCUCUCCCCGCCAGCGACCGCCGCCCCUUCCUCCUCCCGCCGGCGAGCCGUCCGCCGCCCCGGCGAGAGCCCGAGCCGGCAUCUCCCUCGAUCGGAUCUGGUAAAGCUCCGACGUUGACUUUCUCCUCGAACCCCUCAAAUAUUUUCUAA